CAUCUACUCGCUUAAAAACUUAGUCUGCAAUAGAGCUUCAAUUAUAAUAAAUAAAUAAAGUAUAUACAUAUUUCUAACUAUGAAGGUUAUUGUGUUUAUCUCAAUUGCACUUAUGUGCAUUUUUGGUGUUACUAACGCCCAGGGAGGGUGUUCAAAUAUUUGUCCUUAUAAUUAUGAUCCUAAAUGUGGUUUUAAUGGAAACUGUUAUAAGGAUUUUUCGAAUGAGUGUGAUUUUGAAAAUACAAAUUGCAGAAGCUCAGGAGCUUUCAGAAAAGUUAAUUUAGCAAUGUGUCGAAAUCCAUCAAAUAGAAAAUGUUUCUAGAUUUUGAAACGGUUUUUCAAAUAAAUUAUUUAAAGAAAACUACUUUUUUAGUUUUAAGUUUUUUUUACUCAAUUUUAUUUCAUUG